GAAUUUGAAAUCUUUCUGAAAAUAAUGAGGACUUACUAUGGUCUACCAUUGUUCAUCUGGACCUGUGUGUUUCAUACAGUUGAUGCUAUCCCAUUACAAGAAAAGUCUAACAGUCACUUACCAAGCAAAAGGAGAGUGAGUCUGACAAAAGAUGAUGGUAAACUGCUCCAUCGCACCAAGCGUGGCUGGAUGUGGAAUCAGUUCUUUUUGUUGGAAGAAUACACAGGUACAGACACACAAUAUGUAGGCAAGCUUCACACUGAUCAAGACAAAGGAGAUGGAAAUUUAAAAUACAUAUUGACAGGAGAUGGGGCUGGCAGUCUGUUUGUUAUAGAUGAAAACACAGGAGAUAUUCACGCUGCAAAGAAAUUAGACAGAGAAGAAAAGUCCCUGUAUAUUCUUCGUGCCAAGGCUAUAGACAGAAAGACUGGGCGGCAGGUGGAGCCAGAAUCGGAAUUCAUCAUAAAAAUUCAUGAUAUCAAUGACAAUGAGCCCAAAUUCACAAAAGACUUGUACAUAGCCAAUGUUCCUGAAAUGUCUGGAGUGGGUACACCUGUCAUACAAGUGACAGCAACAGACGCAGAUGAUGCUAACUAUGGAAACAGUGCCAAAGUGGUAUAUAGCAUAUUGCAAGGACAGCCAUAUUUCUCCGUGGACCCAGAAUCAGGCAUAAUAAAAACUGCAUUACCAGACAUGAGCAGAGAAAAUCGAGAGCAGUACCAGGUGGUUAUUCAAGCCAAAGACAUGGGCGGCCAGAUGGGAGGUCUUUCUGGAACUACCACAGUGAACAUCACUCUCACAGAUGUCAACAACAAUCCUCCUCGUUUUCCACAGAGUACGUAUCAAUUUAAUUCUCCUGAGUCUGUGCCUCUCGGAACCCACCUUGGAAGGAUAAAAGCCAAUGACCCUGACAUGGGGGAAAAUGCUGAAAUGGAAUAUAGCAUUGCUGAAGGAGAUGGAGCAGACAUGUUCGAUGUCAUCACUGACAAGGACACACAGGAAGGGAUUAUAAUUGUCAAACAGAAUUUAGAUUUUGAAAAAAAAAUGUUGUAUACUUUAAGAGUGGACGCAAGGAACACUCACCCUGACCCACGAUUCUUACAUCUGGGACCUUUCAAAGACACGGCAGUGGUCAAAAUAUCUGUGGACGACACAGAUGAGCCGCCUGUGUUCAGCAAACCCUCUUACUUGAUUGAGGUUGAUGAAGACAUAAAGGAGGGGAGCAUCAUUGGGCAAGUCACAGCAUACGACCCAGAUGUCAUGAACAACUUAAUAAAAUACUCUGUUGAUCGGCAUACUGAUAUGGACCGGAUUUUCAGUAUCCACUCAGAAAAUGGCUCUAUUUUCACUCUGAAGCCUCUUGACCGGGAAUCAUCGCCUUGGCACAACAUCACCGUCACAGCCAUAGAGCUAAAUAACCCAAAGCAAAUCAGUGACAUUCCAGUUUUCAUCAGAAUUCUAGAUAUAAAUGAUCAUGCUCCAGAAUUUGCUACAUACUAUGAAACAUAUGUUUGUGAAAAUGCAAAACCUGGGCAGUUGAUUCAGACCAUCAGUGUUAUGGACAAAGAUGAUCCUCCCCGAGGUCACAAAUUCUUCUUUGAACCGGUGCCAGGUUUUCCUCUGAAUCCCAACUUCACCAUUGUAGAUAAUAAAGAUAAUACAGCAGGAAUCAUGACUCGAAAAGAUGGGUACAGCCGCAACAAAAUGAGCACCUAUCUCCUGCCAAUUUUAAUCUUUGACAAUGACUAUCCUAUUCAAAGCAGCACUGGCACACUCACUAUCCGUGUGUGUGCAUGUGAUGAUCAAGGAAACAUGCAAUCAUGCAAUGCAGAGGCCUUGGUCCUUGCAGCUGGCCUGAGCACAGGGGCUCUCGUCGCCAUUCUGCUGUGUGUCAUCCUACUGCUUAUUUUAGUUGUGUUGUUUGCUGCAUUGAAGAGGCAAAGGAAAAAGGAACCUCUCAUAAUUUCAAAGGAUGAUGUCCGGGACAAUAUUGUGACCUACAAUGAUGAAGGCGGUGGGGAGGAAGACACACAAGCUUUUGAUAUUGGCACAUUAAGGAAUCCAGAAGCAAGAGAAGACAGUAAACUUAGACGAGAUGUAAUGCCUGAAACUGUUUUUCAGAUAAGGAGGACUGUGCCUCUGUGGGAAAAUAUUGAUGUACAAGACUUUAUCCAUCGGAGAUUAAAAGAAAACGACUCAGACCCAAGUGCACCUCCUUAUGAUUCACUGGCGACUUAUGCCUAUGAAGGCAAUGAUUCUAUCGCAGAGUCACUCAGUUCUUUAGAAUCCCUAACAACUGAUUUUAACCAAGACUACGAUUAUCUUAGUGACUGGGGGCCUCGUUUUAAAAAACUUGCAGAUAUGUAUGGGGGUGAUGACAGUGACCAUGACUAACAGUACUGUAUGUUAGUGGAAAUACUGUCUGUGUUACUAGAUUGAGUGACCUGCAUUCUCCUUGGAGAAAAUUUUUCAAAAAUCAAAACUUCAAACAAUACGUAGGUGUUGUCUUAGUAAGGGUUUGCUUAAACAGUAAGUUUCCGUGAAUGAAUAUGAAUGACAUAGAUUUAAAAACAGUAAUAAUAACCAAUUCACCCUCUUUGCCUAAUAAUCUUGGAAGGAAAGUAUAUUAUAUCAAUAAUCAAUUAAAUACUUAAAAGGCUUUUUGUGCCUUUUCUUAGGUAUAAGAACUUUAUAAAUGUUUUCUUAACUGACUUUCAGUCAUCUUUAGUAUUAAAUUAAACAUUGUGAGGACUGCUUUGUAAAUUAAUACAGAAAAAUAUAUCCUUAAUGAAACAGGAGUGACUAUUACUGCCAUAUUUAUUUAGUUGAAAAUGUCUUUGUGUUAGCUCAUUCAUAUUUUUAUAAAUGUAUAUUUAUAUUUUUGUAUUUUUAUGAAAUAAACUGAUAUUUAUAAAAAUAAA